AUGGAGCCACGCGGCACGGCAGUGAGCAGCACACUUGCCAUCUUCUUGGUUCUGCAUCUGGGUCUGAUCCCCAUUACGGCUCAGCAAAAUGACCUACAGGUUGGGGUCGCAGGCCAGGCGGUGAUCCUGAACUGCAGAGGCAUACCUUCUGGCAGAGGUGUGAUCUGGAAGUACUAUAAGGCAACUGUUAUCAGGUUGUUUACAAGUCCCCCUUUGAAAGGCAGAGCUCCCAUGAGCGAUCGAUCUGAAAUCAUCACCGAGAGUACACAGCUGAAGGUGUCUGACUUAAAGCUCUCUGAUGCUGGCAUCUACACCUGUGAAUAUGACUCUCACACAGUCAGUAUCUCACUGCAUGUCUUUAAAUUGACGAUCUCUUUAGACGGGCACUUCCUGACAAAUGAAGCCCCCGAGCUGAUUUUAAUGCAAAACUCAUCCCAUCCUCUACCUGAUCUCAACAUCAUAUUCUUUAACAGUAAGAAUAACACAGUAAGACCAAAAGUCAUACCAAACAAGGCCCGUCAAGAAUACGUACUGAAAUUACAGCAACUGGAGGCUAAGGACAGUGGGACCUGGAUGUGUCAUGUCCAUUCAGACUCUCCAUUGAUUAAUCAGAACAUCUCCUUUGAUGUGAAGGUAUUAGGUUUUCAGAAUCCGGACUUCGAAAGACAAUAUGCAGCUGUUGACAGCACUGUCACCUUGUCAUGGCAUCUGAACUUCCAGAAGAUAAAAUGGAAAGAAUAUUUCACAGGACAACUGAAUUGGAAACAACAGGAAACUGCAGCUGCUCAUGAGCUGCUUGAUUUCAACAUCACAGAGCGAGAAGGGCAGCAUGAGACCAAAAAAAGCAGCCACUUUCGGUUUGAGAUACCCGAAAGCAAACCUAAAAGCACCAUAGCAGUGAAACUCCACAAAAUUCAUUUGAACCACUCUGGGCAGUACCAAUGCCAGCUGGUGUACAACAGAAGAUCUGUGACGAGCAAAAUAGAGCUAGUGGUGAUGAAAGUCUCAGCUAACCCUGUUGGGCCACUUCGCAGAGGGGCCAAGACAACCCUGAUCUGCCAGGUCUCUCAUCCACUCCCAUCCAACGCCCACUUGCGCUGGGAGCGUGUGAAUGGGACUCAGACGGACAUCAUGAUGUCAAAGCAGCAUGAAGCAAAGGUGGAGGUGAAUGUCAGUGCUGCAGGGUUGUGGAACUGUCACCUCAUAGAAGACAAUGACAGGAAGAUCAGCCUUAAUUACGCUGUGGAGGAAGCUCCUGUUUGGAUUAGCUACGUGGUAAUCGGAGCAAGUAUUGGAGGCAGUGUGUUGGUGUUUGGCCUUGCGUGUCUAUGCAUCAUCAGUGGCAUAAGCUGGCAGCGGAGAAGGCAACGGGCAAAAACGAUGGCACGAGCAAGACAAUACUUGCUGGAAAACAAGACAUGCCAGUGUCAACAGUAA